AUGGGUUCUUCAAUUACAGAUUGGCGAAUGCAAGCUACGGCGAUGAAGGCGGCGGUAGCUGAACUUGGGUUUUCUACGAAAUUAGAUCGCUCUAUCCUUGACAUAUAUGCGUCGAAUUUCGGAUAUGACAACUCUUUCAUUACUUACGCCAAUAGGAAUAAAAAUGCAGAUCCUCACAGCGAAGAUGACGAAGAUAGUUGGAGCAGCGAGGUAGGUGAGGAUCUGAACCUUGAAUACAAUCAUUGCUCUGUGACUGGAGACUAUGAUCAAUUAUGGCUCAAGAAGAAAUGUAAGGAUAUUGCUGAAGGUCUGAAAGGUCUUUCAGCUGAAGAGCUUCAUAAUCAGAUUAUGUCUUCGAUAUUGUCUGAAGAUCCAGAAGAAGAGCUCGCGUCAGCCUUAACUAAUAUAAUUGGAUAUGAUCACUUAGAUCUCAUCAUCGAAUUAAUUGCCCAUCGACGUGAAAUUAAAAAAAAUCAUCUUCUAAAACCCAAGGAAAAUGAAGUACGAUCGGUUAAACUUUUGACGAAGCUCCAGCGCUUGGAAGCUUUGGAGCAAGGAGAUUAUCAACACAAGACUCAAAAGUUACUACCAGCACAUAGUCGAGAUGAGCCCCAGUACCCUCAUGUUUUCAAGACAUACUCUGCCGGGAACAUUCUUGACUCAAGAGGGCAUAAAUAUGGCUUGCCAGCCGGCAGUGAGACUAAAGUCACGGCAAUAUACGAAGAACAUAUUAUACCCGCAUCUAGAGUUGGGACUCUAGGGUUGGAAAAGAAACUGGUUGCAGUUUCAACAAUGGACGGACUUUGCAAGAAGACUUUCAAGGGAUAUAAUAAUUUGAACCGAAUGCAAAGUCUCGUUUAUCCGAUAGCAUAUGAGACAAGUGAAAACAUGCUGAUAUGCGCUCCUACUGGCGCUGGUAAAACUGAUGCCGCAAUGUUAACAAUUCUUCACACAAUUGGACAGAACGUGUUUCCAAGCCCGGCCGAAUUUCCGGAACGCACAGAAUUUGAUGUGAAUCUUGAAGAUUUCAAAAUUGUUUACGUAGCACCUAUGAAAGCGCUCGCUGCAGAGAUAACACAGAAAAUGAGCACCCGACUUUCUUGGCUAGGAAUAAACGCUCGAGAACUAACUGGUGACAUGCAUCUAACAAAAAAAGAAAUUUUAACGACACAGAUCAUCGUAACGACACCUGAAAAAUGGGAUGUUAUUACUAGAAAGAGUACUGGCGACACUGAACUUGUCCGGAAAGUAAGAUUGCUUAUUAUAGAUGAAAUCCACAUGCUUCAUGAUGAUAGAGGCUCUGUCCUUGAAUCUCUAGUUGCUCGAACACAGCGCCAGGUAGAGAGCACUCAAUCACUUAUUCGCAUUGUAGGACUAUCUGCCACUCUACCAAACUAUAUAGAUGCUGCAGACUUUUUAAAAGUCAACCGACAUGCGGGGCUGUUCUAUUUUGACGCGAGUUUUAGACCAGUUCCCCUUGAGCAACAUUUCAUCGGAGUCAAAGGAAAGCCUAAUUCAAAGACAUCGCGGGACAAUAUCGACAAAACUACAUUCGAAAAAGUUAAACAGAUGCGACAACAAGAUCAUCAGGUGAUGGUUUUUGUUCAUUCUCGCAGAGAUACUUUCAACACUUCAAAAAUGAUAUUUGAGAAAGCUCUCGAAGAAAUGUGUGCUGAAUUAUUUGAUCCGACAACACACCCUGAAUACGAGGCAGCCGUCAGGGAUAUUAAAUCUUCAAGAGGUCGCGAAUUGCGUGAACUACUUCCAAAAGGAAUUGGAAUACAUCACGCAGGUAUGGCAAGAUCAGACCGCAACUUGAUGGAAAGGCUCUUUGGCAGCGGGGUUUUAAAAGUUCUUUGUUGCACUGCUACACUUGCCUGGGGGGUUAAUUUGCCAGCAGCUGCCGUGGUAAUCAAAGGAACUCAAGUUUACAGCGCACAAGAUGGUAAAUUUAUUGACCUAGGGAUUUUGGAUGUACUCCAAAUUUUUGGUCGCGCUGGACGGCCACAGUUUCAAGAUACUGGUAUUGGAAUGAUUGUGACAUCUCAUGAAAAGCUAAGCCAUUAUCUUACUGCUGUUACAGCACAAGUCCCUAUCGAAUCGCGUUUUUCAAAGCAUCUGGUCGAUAACUUAAAUGCCGAAAUUAGUCUAGGAACUGUAACAUCAAUUCCCGAUGCGGUUCAGUGGCUAGGAUACUCAUUUUUAUUCGUACGCAUGAUGCGGAAUCCUACAACGUACGGAAUUGACUGGACAGAACAAAGCAAAGAUCCUAAUCUUGUCCAGCGGCGGCGUCAACUAGUUAUCCAAGCUGCUCGGACUCUCCAGAAAAAUCAAAUGAUUAUCUUUAACGAUGUAACUGAUGAGUUACGAAGUAAGGAUAUUGGUAGAAUUGCUAGUCAAUAUUAUAUUUUACACACUAGUAUUGAGAUUUUUAACAACCUAAUGAAGCCUCAAGCCACAGAAGCGGAUAUUAUAUCUAUGAUCGCCAUGUCUGGCGAAUUCGACAAUAUCCAAUAUCGGGAAACAGAAGAAAAAGAGCUUACCAAUUUAAAAGAAGAUUUUACGCAAUGUAACAUCAGAGAUCACACUGACUCCCCACAGGCUAAGACAAAUAUUCUCUUGCAGGCUUUUAUUUCGCGGGCCAAUAUCGAGGAUUUUGCGCUCGCUAAUGAUUCUAAUUAUAUUGCUCAACAAUCAGCCAGGAUUUGUCGAGCUCUUUUCAUGAUUGCCUUAAAUCGUCGAUGGGGCCAUCAGUGCCUCAUUUUAUUAUCCUUAUGCAAGUCUAUCGAAAAGAAAGUCUGGUCAUUUCAACACCCGCUUCAUCAAUUUGACCUACCAAAGCCGAUUAUGAAUCAACUAGAUGCCAGAAAAACCUCUACCUCAAUAGAAACGCUUCGAGAUAUGGAACCUGCUGAAAUAGGUUCAUUAGUCCACAACUUCUCGGCUGGGAAGACUAUACGAAAAAUUAUUGAUAGUUUCCCUACGAUUAGUCUGGAAUCAGAGAUUGCUCCUCUGAAUAGAGAUGUGUUGAGAAUUCGACUAUUUAUAACUCCAGAUUUUAGAUGGGAUGAUAGAUACCACGGUACGUCUGAAAGCUAUUGGGUAUGGGUUGAAAAUUCUGAAACCUUUGAAAUAUAUCAUCAUGAAUUCUUCAUCUUGAAUCGGAAAAAGCUAUACGAUGAUCACGAACUUGAGUUUACAAUACCUCUAUCAGAUCCACUUCCAACUCAGAUCUAUGUGCGAGCUGUGUCUGAUAGAUGGCUAGGUGCCGAAACGGUACAUCCAAUCUCGUUUCAGCACUUAAUAAGACCAGAAACAGAGAGUCUAUAUACAGAUUUAUUGAAUCUUCAACCCUUACCGGUUACAGCGCUUAAAAAUAGAGACCUUGAGGCAAUUUAUAGGAAGAAGUUUCAGUAUUUUAAUCCAAUGCAGACUCAAAUAUUUCACUGCCUUUAUCACACUUCUGAAAAUGUUCUAUUAGGCUCCCCAACUGGAUCAGGAAAGACUAUUGCGUCCGAGCUGGCUAUGUGGUGGGCAUUUCGUGAAUAUCCGAAUUCUAAAGUAGUCUAUAUCGCCCCAAUGAAAGCGCUUGUUAGAGAGCGCGUAAAAGACUGGAGUAGUCGAUUAACAAAAAGAAUGAACUUGAAGCUUGUCGAAUUAACCGGUGAUAAUACACCAGAUACUCGGACAAUAAAAGAUGCAAAUAUAAUCAUCACGACACCAGAAAAAUGGGACGGUAUAAGUAGAAGCUGGGUAACAAGAAGCUACGUCAGACAAGUUAGUCUUGUGAUCAUUGAUGAGAUCCACCUUUUGGGUGGCGAUCGUGGUCCAAUUCUGGAAAUUAUCGUUUCUCGAAUGAACUUCAUUGCAGCGCAAUCAAAUAAUAGAAUUAGACUUGUCGGAAUGUCAACUGCAUGUGCCAAUGCCUCUGAUUUAGGUAAUUGGCUCGGAGUGAAUGAAGGGUUAUUUAACUUUCGACAUAGUGUUCGUCCAGUCCCGCUUGAAAUAUUUAUAGACGGUUUCCCCGACACCCAUGGCUUUUGUCCCCUCAUGCAAUCAAUGAAUCGGCCAGCAUUUCACGCAAUUAAGACGCAUAGUCCGGAAAAACCUGUCAUUGUCUUUGUUGCCUCUCGACGCCAGACACGCUUGACAGCUAAAGACUUGAUUAAUCUUUGUGGCAUGGAAGACAAUCCACGUAGAUUUAUGAAAAUGCCAGAGGAAGAACUACAAGAUACCCUCCGUCGUGUCAAAAAUGACGCUCUUAAAGAGUCUAUUAAUUUUGGAAUCGGACUUCAUCAUGCCGGUCUUGUUGAAUCUGAUAGAUCUUUGUCUGAGGAAUUAUUUGCUAAAAACAAAAUUCAAGUAUUAGUGGCCACUAGUACCCUAGCCUGGGGUGUUAAUCUUCCAGCGCAUCUAGUUAUUGUGAAAGGCACCCAGUACUUUGAUGCAAAAAUUGAAGGAUAUAGAGAUAUGGAUCUCACUGAUGUCUUGCAGAUGCUCGGGCGUGCUGGCCGUCCUCAAUUCGAUACCUCUGGUAUUGCUAAAAUAUUCACACAAAAUGCCAAAAAAGCUUUUUAUAAGAAUUUCUUACACACUGGAUUUCCAGUCGAGUCGUCUCUUCACAAUGCUCUCGAUAAUCAUUUAAGUGCAGAAAUUUCUGCUGAAACUAUCAGAACGAAACAAGAUGCGCUUGAUUAUCUUACUUGGACCUUCUUCUUUCGACGUUUGCAUAAGAAUCCAUCAUACUACGGUCUAGAAAUUACUGCCGAAGAUCAAAAUACAGCAGCUGCGCAAGAGAUGGCAAAUGAAUACAUGAUAUCAAUGGUGGACAAAUCUCUUGAGCAACUUUCUGAAUCAAAGUGUCUAGAAUUGUAUCCAAAUGGUAAUAUCAAGACUACACCAUUUGGUAAGAUUAUGAGCUAUUAUUAUUUAUCUCAUCGGACGAUUCGGCACUUUGCGCUGAAUGCGAAACCAAAUGCAAGCUUCGAUGAAGUUCUUUCAUGGAUGUGUAGCGCGGCAGAAUACGAUGAACUUCCUGUCCGACAUAAUGAAGACCUCAUCAACGCUGAGCUAGCUAGAAAUCUUCCCCUAACUACAGCUUAUUUUGAUCAACUCCCCAUGUGGGACCCACAUUUAAAGGCUUUCCUUUUGUUGCAAGCUCACUUUUCUCGUAUAGAACUCCCCAUCUCUGAUUAUAUUGGCGAUCAAACAAGCGUUCUAGACCAAGCAAUUCGAAUUGUACAAGCAGGUAUCGACAUUCUUGCAGAGAUGGGAUAUUUUUCAAGCGUGGUACAAAUGAUAACUCUGCUCCAAUGCAUUAAAUGUGCCCGCUGGCACGACGAUCAUCCUCUUUCAAUUUUACCUGGUGUUGAAGAUGUACCCACUAACGUUACAGGUAUUUCACAAACUCUUCAAGAGUUUUCUGCUGCGUCAGAGAAGACAUAUCAACAGAUGAUUUCCAAGUUAAAUAUAUCAAGUUAUCUCAAAUCACAGUUUGAAAAUGCUGCAAGCAUGAUUCCUAACAUAAAAGUUGAUGUGCAAGAUGUUAAUGCCAUGAAAAUUAACGUGGUGCUUCAUCGUCUGAACCUUAGGCGCAAUGUCGAUGGAAGAAUGUAUGCCCCUAACUUUCCAAAAUCUCAAUCUGAAGGCUAUUUUGUACUCGUUCGUGGAGCAAAUAAAGAUGAAAUUGUGGCUCUUAAAAGAGUUGGAUUAACUUCAUUCGAUAGUAAUACAUCUAAUAUGAGAGCCAUUUUUGAAAUUCCCGAAGGGGGAGUACAUGGUAGUAAUGUUGACAUUCUGGUUGUUAGUGAUGGAUAUUUAGCUAUGUCAUGGUCGGUAAAGUCAGUGGAAAUUCCCGAUAUACCUAGACCCCCAUCAGAAACUCUCAAGAAAGCGAUAAAGGUAUUGGCAGGAUGA